AUGUCCUCCCUCAUCGCCCGCUCCGCGUUCAGCGGGAAAACCGCCGUCUCUCUUGCGCGCAGGUCGCUGCGGCCACUCGCUCUCCAAGGCGCGGCGGACGCUGCCUACGUUCCCGGAGGCCCCAUCUACAGGGGCACGGUGAACGACCCGACGCCGUUCCCGGCCCCGUCCAGGACGCACGGCUCGCACCACUGGGCCUUCGAACGCAUCCUCUCCGCCGGGCUCGUCCCGCUCACCGUCGCCUCCUUCGCCACGAGCGGCACGAACUACCCGAUCCUCGACGGCAUCCUCGCCGUGAGCCUCGUCAUGCACUCCCACAUCGGCUUCGACUCGCUCGUCGUCGACUACCUCCACCCCCGCAAGUUCCCCGUGCUCGGGCAGGUCGCCAAGUGGACGCUCCGCACGGCCACCGUCGGCGUCCUCGUCGGCGUCUACCAGUUCAACACGAACGACAUCGGUCUCACGGAGCUCAUCGCGAAGACGUGGCACGCGUGA